CACUUUCGAAGCUCUUGCUGAAUAUCAUGCCAAGGAAUAUUUGCCUGAUAUGCAACGAUUAGAUGAAUGGUUACGUGAGCAAGUAGUAUUUUUUGUAAAAUGCAAGAAUGCUAUGACAUCAACGAUGAUUUCUAGUCUACAGCAAAUAUCUUACUUUGAGUCAACUAUUGCCGGUAUCCCGGGCACUUUGAGUUCUCUUGAAUCUGAGAUUAAAUUAAAGGCUCAAGAAUUUAAAAAGUUAUCUAGCAUACGUCAAAUGCCUCUUGCCUAUGCCAUGACAUUAAUCGAAAUUUUGAGACGAAGCGAAUAUACUAAAUUAUUUCUCUCUAAAGCCCAACAAUUGGCAGAAGCUAUGGCCAAUUUCCGAAAUUUAGAGCAAAAAAGACGUGAUAAUUAUCGCUUGGACGUUAAAAGUUAUGUUCCCUUGAACAUUUCAGCUUUGGAUGAUAAUCCUCCAAUGUGUGAGGUUUCUACUUUGAAUCUCAGAGAUGAUCGGCUACCAUCCUUUUCAAAAGCCGAUGUUAAAGCCUUUUUUGACUUAAUUGAAAAGAUUCGUCCUGUAAUUUUGUCUCAAGCAUCACUAUUUAAAUCACAAAUCGCUGCUUCUUCCUUAUUUAAAACACGAGAUCAACAAACAAUCCAGCAAACUGUUAUCGAUAUUUUAUCGUCUUUGCAAUCAAAAUCGGCCAGAUCAUAUGGCCAAAUAGAAAGGAUGGACGUAGAAUUCGAUAAAAUCGUAGAGAAGAUUUUCCAUUUGGAACGGCUUGACAUUGAUAAAAAUAAUCAAACGUUGUCUCGUCCAGUUUCGAUCUUCGAAGGUCGGUCUCUCGCGCCACCAUCACCGCAAAUGGGUCGGCGGGCAUCUCGUACAUCUCGACAAAGUUUUUCUGAGGAUAGUGGUUCGACAGCUGACAGUACUACUGAUCGUAUACUCCUUGAAACGAUUAAAGAAUUGGAUAGGUCAAAAGAAACGAUUAAGAAAUAUGAAGCUAGAAUUAAAAAACUCGAAGAUUUGUUACACACUAAUUAUCAAUCGACCAAAAAUUCUACAGUGCUCGCCGACACACAUAAACCAGAUUCAAAGUUUUCCAUUUCAGCUAUUGAGCAAGAAUUAUCUGACUUACGCUUACGUUAUAAUGAACUUGAAUCUAUAUACAAUUCUGAACUAAAUAAUAAAGCUGAAUUAGAAAUGCUUCAUCUACAGUUGAAAAAGUCACAUAAUGAAAAAAGUAAUCAAUUGGAAGAGCUUCAGAAUCAUGUUAAUGAAUUAAAUAAAGCAUUACUUGACGAAAGAUCCGAAAAAAAAACGCUUUGCGAUAAAUAUGAUAGUAAGAUUCAGGAAUUAGAAUCGCUUUUGCAUGAAUCAAAUAAAAAAAAUGCAGACUUAGAGAAAGAAUUAGAAAUAUUGAAAGCCGAUAAUGAACUUAUCAAAAAAGAAAAAGAUACUGUAGAAGCAGACUUAGAGAAGAAAGUAGAAGUGUUGAAAGCCGAUAACGAACUUAUCAAAAAAGAAAAAGAUGCUGUAGAAGCAGACUUAGAUAAGAAAUUAGAAAUAUUGAAAGCCGAUAAUGAACUUAUCAAAAAAGAAAAAGAUGCUGUAGAAGCAGACUUAGAGAAGAAAUUAGAAAUAUUGAAAGCCGAUAAUGAACUUGUCAAAAAAGAAAAAGAUGCUGUAGAAGCAGAAACUCUUACGUUGGAUUCUAAGGUUAAUAACACUUUAGCUGAAAAUAAUAAAUUAAAAAGUCAGUUAGAAGACAUUCAGAAGCAGAAUGAAGAGAGAGAGAGAUUGCACAAGCAAGAACUUGAUCAACUGCUGAAGCAAUCUGAUGAAAGAUCGGAAACUGAUAAACAAAAUAUGCUUCAAGAAAUUGAAGGUUUGAAACAAGAAAUUGAAGAUUGGAAACUAAAUCUAGAAAAGAUGAAUUCUGCUCGAGAAGAUUUGGAACAAGAUCUCGCCAAGUCACGAGAAAGGGUUAAGUUUGUAGAGCAGGAUUAUAACGAACGCACUAAGGCUCUUACCGCAGCGGAAAAAUUAAUUAAAGGCAUCUCCGAAACAGUUAAUGAAUAUAUGCAUAUUGUUACGUCCAAUAAAGUUUCUUCUAAUUCAGAACAGACGGAAUCAGAUGAUAAUCUCGAUCCUAUAAUAAUGAUACGAAAGGUGGGAGACGUUGCAAAAUAUCUAGAUCAAAAAUUGCGUGAAACAAGUCAGUCAUUAGAUAAAUCAUCAACUUUGAACACAAACUUGGAGCAUUCACUUAAUGAUUUGCGUCGAAUGUUGGAAGAACGAACGGAAUUUUCUAAAGGAUUGAGUAAAUCUUUAUGGGAAUAUUACAGUAACCUUCGAAAAUUAAUGAAAACUAUGAAAUUAAAUAUACCAACAUUGGCUGAUAAUUAUGCAAUGAGUGUAAUAUCCAUGCCACAGGAUGAUGACAAGAAAAUAGGAGUGUCAGACAGGGAAGACUUGAGCAAGUUUUUCCUUAACGACAGUUCUGAUGAACAAAGUGUUUGGCCAAAAGAUAAAUACGAAACUUUACUUUCAUUGACAAUGAAAGUAAAAUUAGAUGAAGUACGGGAUUUAAUAGUGCGAACGCUUAAAGAAGCUAAAGGUUUGGCCAAACAACAUCGCGAAGAUAGUAAAUCAAACAGGGAAAAAUACCAGAAAGUUAGCCAAGAAUCAAGAGAUAAGAUUGCAUUUCAAAAUUUCAAAAUCGAUGAUGUUGCGCUUUUCUUACCUACUAGGUCAUCACCUUUAAAAACAUAUGCGGCCUUUAAUCAUAAUUGCCCCUAUUACUUUUUACGCGUUACGGACGCAAGCAAAAAUAAAGAUUAUAUUAUUGGCCGAAUUAUAAAAAUUUCAGAUCAUAUCGCGCAACCAGAAUAUAACCCUUAUGAAUUGCCAGUUGGCGUCAAAUAUUAUAUUAUAGAUGCCGAUGAAAAUUGGCAGAAUGCAUUUAAUAACUCACAUAAUAGACGUUGUUCUAUGAAUACGUCAGAUACUGCAACUCGCAUUCACAAAAAUCGCCAGAGCCUCCCUUCGCGUUCGCUAUCAUCAUCGGCCAUUAUUUCUAACGACGUUAGGCCUCAAUCU